CUCGCGGGGAAGACCCGGAGAAGGUUCAUCGCCCAAGAAAUGGCGCCCGCGGGCUACUGCGCAUGCUCGCGCCGUGACCCCCGCCUGAGGUGAAGGCUCGAGCCCAAGCCGGGGGGGCCCCGGCGCUGAGGUUGAGGGACUCGCUACGGCUCUGUCGCCAGAGAGGGAGGGCCCUGCUGCCGUCGGUCAGAAGUCAAGUGGGAUUCUUUGACACCUCCACAUCCUGGUCCCCGCCCAGCUAGGGCAGUGCCAGCGCCAGCUUGGACACGAGGACGGAGCCCCUGGACUCCCAAGUUCCUUGCCAGGGAGGAGGAGAAAUCCAUCUGCCUGGGACUGAGUGUGGCCUGAGGGACAGGCCAUAGGUCCUGGAAUGCCCCUGCCUGAGGCCAGUGAGCAGGAGGGCGAGAGCGUGAAGGCCGGCCAGGAGCCAUCCGUGAAGCCUGGCCAGGAGCCAUCUGCUGAUCCAGGCACGGAUGUCAUCCCGGCAGCCCCCAGGAAGCCCAAGAAGUUCUCCAAACUGGUCCUGCUGACAGCCUCCAAAGACAGCGCCAAAGUGGCAGGGGCCAAGCGCAAAGGCGUGCACUGCAUCAUGUCCCUGGGGGUGCCUGGCCCCGCCACCCUUGCCAAGGCCCUCCUCAAGACCCACCCCGAGGCCCAGCGGGCCAUUGAGGCGGCCCCCCAGGAGCCGGAGCCGAAACGCAGCAAGCUGGAUGCGGGAGUGUCUGAGGGCAGUGGCACCGCGUCUCCGGGUGGCUGCUGGCAGAGGUUCAAGGCUUUGGCCCCAGCUGCGAGAUGA